AUGGUCAUGUUCUCCACACCUGGGCAGCUGGAAUAUGUUCAUGACAAUGUGACGGAGAGAGGAGCUAAUGGGAGUCGAGCUGGUGGGGAAGAUGGAAACUUUUUUUUAUAUCACUGGCAGGAGAUCCUCAUUCUGGUCAUUUCCCUGCUUGGGCUGGUGGGGAACUGCACGGUCGUGUGGCUCCUGGGCUUCCGCAUCCGGAGGACCCCUUUUUCCAUCUACAUCCUCAACCUGGCGGGUGCCGACGCCCUUUUCCUGUGUUUCACUAUCCUUGAAUUCAUAGAUGAAUUUCACAGAUAUCUGUCUGGUGGUUCAACGUUCCGCAUAAUGCUCUCCCUGGAGUCCACAUUCUACAUUGCGGGUCUGAGCUUCCUGGCGGCGAUCAGCACCGAGCGCUGUCUAAUUGUGCUCUUCCCACUCUGGUGCCGAGGUCACCGCCCCAAGCACUUGUCCGCUGUGGUUUGCAGUGGGAUCUGGGUUCAGGCCGGACUGGUACGGGUAAUUUUGAACUUGAGACUUUGUGAUGAAGUCGUUUUAAAUAUCCGCGCAGCAUAUUUUUUCCUCCUCACCUGCAUCAUGUGCGUGUCCAGCCUGACCUUCCUGGUGAAGAUCCAGUGCUGCUCCCAGGUCCGGCAGCCCCCCAGGCUCUACCUCCUGGUCCUGCUCACGGUCCUCGUGUUCCUGCUCUUCGGUCUGCCCCCAGAGAUCUUGUCUUUCCUGGCCUUUCGCUUCUGCAUACCUUUCGUCCCUUAUUGGAUCCAUCCCUUCCUGGCCUGUAUAAACAGCAGCGUGAAUCCCCUCAUUUACUUCUUCCUGGGCCGACAAAGGCAUGCAAGGAGGGAGCCCCUUAGGGUGGUGCUCCAGAGGGCCCUGAGAGAAAAGCAAGAGAUGGAAGGUGGGAUGAGGGACACCCCCCGCACCGAUAGCCACGAAAUGUUAUUGUGA